GCCCGCAGCCAUCUUCGGCCCUCGCCGGCGAUGCGGCGGGCGCGGCCCGCGCUGCCGCUGCUGCUGCUGCUGCUCGCGGGGCCCCUGCCCGCGGGGGCGGCCCCCACCGACCCUGCGGACGAGUGUCAGCAGCAGCUGGCGGUGGCCCGGAGCGUGGCGUCCUGGAUCGUGGGGGGCCAUGAGGCCCCGGAGGGUGCAUGGCCGUGGGUAGUGAGCCUGCAGGUGCUGCGCGGCGGCGUCCGCUUCGUGCACCUGUGCGGCGGCGUCCUGCUGAGCCGGAGAGCCGUGCUGACCGCCGGCCACUGCGUGGAUGGCAGGACGGAUCCGUGUUCCUGGCGAGCCGUUCUGGGCGUGCACAACCUGCAGAAGCACGGCCGCCACACAGCACGGAGGAGGAUCAGGAGGAUCAUCGUGCACUCGGAGUUCAAGAGGGAAACCUUUGAGAACGACGUGGCAGUGUUCGAGCUGAGGUCGGCAGUGCGCUACAGCCUCUACAUCCAGCCCGUGUGCCUGCCCCCAGCUGCCCUGGUGCAGCCCCUGGAGAACAGCUCCGACUGCUACAUCACCGGCUGGGGACGCACCUCCGAGAAGGGUAAAAUCUCACCUGUGCUAAAAGAAGCCCAUGUGGGAAUCCUCCCUCCCAGCCUGUGCAACAGCUCUGAAGGCUACGCGGGGCUCAUGAACAACAAAGCACUCUGCGCCGGCGUCUGGGCUGGAGGCACCGACACCUGCCAGGGUGACAGCGGGGGCCCCUUGGUGUGUUACCACCCUGACACUGACAAGUACUUCCUCAUUGGCAUCGCCAGCUUUGGGGUGGGCUGUGGCCGCCCCAGAUACCCCGGGAUCUACGUGCGCCUGUCCCAGUACAGAAAAUGGAUAAAAGCAAAACUCCUGUUGACUAGCAAGACUUGGAACCCCCUGAGCACCACACUCACCAUCCUCCUGACUCUGGUACACACAGUGCUCACGCAGAUUUUGUAGAGGGGAAUCCAGCAUGUGGUCCUCGUGGAGGUCUGUCCUGCCUGGAAAAGCUUGGAGAAACCAGCUCCCUCCUGACUGACAAUAAAUCCAAGAGCCAAAGGAUGUGCACUUACUUUUUAGGAGUCAUGUCUGCCAUUGUAUUUUUUGUUUCCUGCCUCUGAAAUCCACACUGACAGGAGAGGAAACAGUUAACAGCCUUGGCACUAAUAAGAUAGAAGUGUUAUCGACUGGAAACACUUUCUUCCCACCCUAUUUCUGUGCUUUUUCAGCCAUCAGAAGGUUAAAUACACUCAGUGACGCCACCAGGGUCUGGGGAGGGCAGAUGCUCCCUCUGCCGGGUAAAAACCAGCAGAGCACACUAAGGUUUUAAUUAACCAUUUAAUUAACCAAACAUUACCUGUGGCUCAGCUUAUUGAAAACUAAGAAGGUAAAAAAACCUGCAGGAAGGUAAAAGCUGUUCUGCACUCAUGAUUUUUAGCACUGGCAGGUGUGUACAAGUGCCAUGUAAUCCACUAAAAUUGACUAUUAUUUAUUCCUAGCUGUCAUAUGACUUGAUCCCACACAGGUAUUCACACCUGGUCACCACCACUGCAGCUUUAACUUCAUUAAAAAGAAAUAGGGACCAGCAGAAUAAUAAUAUUUUAGUGACUUUAUUUACCAAGAUCAAAAUUUGCAACCAUUAAUUGUUUCAACAAAUAUUUACAAUUCAUGGAAAGCAUGGACUGUUUGGAACCAACCAGCAGAACAGCAUCAGCUGUUGCAUCUCUUACCCUCAGGAAUGAGAUUUUACUCUUUAAAAUCGAGAUCUGAAAGUAAAUUCAAACUAAGAACUUCAUGAUCAGUGCUUAAAGAGCGAACAUGUGUUACUGUUUAAUAUUCCCAUGAUGAAAAAUCAGCUGUUCUUUCCAACACAUUAUUUUAAGAGUGUAAAAUUUGACUCCUGGUGUGUCUGGCAGGACAGGUGCUUCCCUUGCUGGAUACAAGAAGAAUUGGCCACCAGGUGUUCACAGUCUUAACACUUGAUAGUUUUUGUUUAUUAUUGUUCCAUCUUACAAAAGGAAAAAAGAGAACACAGUGAGGAUCAGCUACCACAGAGUUCCCAAAGCAGUUCAGAACUGUAGGUCAAACCCCCUCUCACGGGUUACACACAGCUGAGGAAAGGUCCAAUUCUCUGAGGUGCAUGUUCCAGGCACAUUCCAGGCUGUUCAGUUCUCCUGAAAUUCCACCAAAGAAAUGGGAAACACCGACACCUCUCCAGGAGCAGCUCCCUCAGUUUAGGACUUUCCCAACCUUAUUUCUGAUGUGCCACAAAGCUUUUUUUCUGACAUGAUGGCAACCAGGAGUCACACUCCAGCCUGGCCUAAAGGAAACACAUUGGGACUCAUGCCCGCAACGAGAGACUUAGGAACUUCAGGGGGCAAAAAAAAUAUUCUGUUCUAGCCCACUAACCAGGAGACUGUGGAAUGCAGAUUCCUCAUGGAAAAGAGCUCUGCUUGCUACAAGUCCAUUAAUUCCCAAAGGAGCAAAAUCAAAAAUACUGACUGACCAUGGGAUAAGCAUUACACAUCCAGGGAGGGAGCACAGCUUGGAAUUCCAUCCAGAUCUGAGCUAGCACGACACACACGGAGCUCUAACACCUCGGAACAGCACAGCCCAUUGUUAAUUCCCGCUGACAGAACUGGAAGCAGGAUCCAAUCCCAGCUAUGGAAAUGGUUUAUUACUCAUGCAAGAGGCACUGCAGUCACCUACAGCACCUGCCCAAGACCACGGCCUGACCAGCAGGGUCACACCUUGCCCAGGACCGUGUCCUCACCAGUACCACGUCCAGCCCACCAGGCCCACAGCCAGACAGCUCUGGGGGUCUCCAAGCACAGAGAUUCCCCAGGUAAAGGAGUCCUGAUCAUGUCAAACUUUUGAUUUUCACCUGAAACAAAUUUAAAUUGUACAAACCGGACUCUCUGACACAUUGAGAUCUAAUGUGCAGAUACUGUCAGCUCUGGGGAGUAAAAAGUCCUAAUUUCUUUUUUUUUUUUUCCCUCCUUUGUUCCCCCCCAAUACUCUUUAGGAUCUGUUUUUUUCUGCAAGUUGCCUACAGACAUACAAAAUUAAUUCAAAUAUCACCUACACCAAAGAGGAUCUCAUUUGACUUUGUACUAUCCAUAAAAAUAUAUCCUUGAAAAUCUGGUUCACAAAAUAUUUCAUUUGGUUACUAAAAUGAAAGAUAUAAACUGUCAAAAUACGUAUAGAAACUCAAUUUCAGGUUUUGUAAAGAUCACAAUUUAGCUACAAAAUAUACCAACCAUCUCCCUGUUUGCAAUAUAGUAUUUGCUUACAAAGAUACCGUUACUUUGCAAAAUAGCUCCUACCUUACAAAAUUAGGCUGGAAAUUGUAAUUUUGCACUACUUCCAGCAAUAAACCAAAGAUUAGAACCUCAUAACCCUUUGGUAUAGAUCUUCCAUUUUUUUCUACAUCAUUUUUCUUCUAUUUGGUUUCAUGUUCCAAAGCCCAGGAGAAUCCCCAGCCAGGACAAGCACUGAGUGUUUAACUGUAGAUAUGAUCAGCACACAAUUUAAUUUUCAAUGAUCGAUGUUUCUCAUGCCCAGAACUAAGAAAAACCUCUUGCGAAAUUAAAAACUUUUGGAAGUUUAAUCUCAGAAAUGCUUCAGAACUUUUGUCACCAGUCCUUGUCCCUCACACUGUGCUUUAAAAUCACUGAUGUGUUGAAUUGUCUAAGAAAAUCAACACAAUUUUCUAUGCCUCAGACAUUUCCAGGACCAGGCCUCUUGCUGCCUUCUGCAGAUCCUACCCCCAUCUGAUAAACACAGCAAAUAUGGAAAAAAAAAAAUCCCAAC